AUGGAACGUGCAGCUGAUCGGCUGGCGAGCGCGGCGGCGGGCGGCCGGGCGGAGGAGGUGCGGGCGCUGCUGCAGGCCGGGGUACCCCCCAACGCGACCAACAGUCUUGGUCGGAGCGCGAUCCAGGUCAUGAUGAUGGGCAGCACCCGGGUGGCCAACCUGCUGCUGCUCCACGGUGCGAACCCCAACUGCGCAGACCCAGUCACCCUUACCCGACCCGUGCACGACGCAGCCCGGGAGGGCUUCCUGGAGACGCUGGUGGAGCUGCACCAAGCCGGGGCGCGGCUGGACGUGCGCGAUGCUUGGGGCCGCCUGCCCGUGGACCUGGCUGAGGAGAGGGGCCACCGCCACGUUGUCCAGUACUUGCGCGUGGCGGUAAGGGGCACCCACCAUGGUGGUCACGCUCCUAUAGACCCAGAGAUGGGUCCAGCUGAUGACUCGACCCCAACUUAAAGAACCCCUGAAACACCGAAAUGCAUUGACCUGCAAUGAAGUUUAAAUACAAAAAGUACCCCCAAUCUUAUUUCCCUUCCC